AUGGACGUCCUAGGGCUUCUGGCCAAUAUAUCUCAGGUCGUUGACCUCCUCGUCAAGAUCGGUGUCAUGUGCUCCAUCUAUUGUGUGGACGUCAAAAAGGCUCCCGGCGAUGUGCGAAGACUGUUAAAGGAGGUUGACCGGCUAACGGCCGUCAUCAAAGAGCUUGAGAGCCUUCUACAAAGCCCGAAAGGAUCUUCCAAGCUACAAUCUCCGAGUCUCCGCCAAGCAGUCUUCGACCUUCGCAGGCUCCUAGCAGAGAUGGUGGCAAAGCUGGAUCUGGGAGCCAAGCAUGCUAGAGCAGUGUGGCCUUUUAAAAAGCGAGAUAUUCACGAGAUUUUUGCAACAAUUGAAAGGCAGAAGGCCAAUAUUCUGUUGAAUAUCAGCAUUGACCAAACGUCGGUCCUUUUAGAUGUUCACCAAGAGAUUGUUCUAUCCAAGCUACGAAUUGCGGACGCGGCUACCUUCGAUUCCAGUCCAGACGGGGAGCAAUCUUUCUGCCUGGAUGGCACACGGAGUCAUAUCAUUGCCCAAAUAGAGGAAUGGGGCGCCAACUCAGACAGCCAGUCAGUCUUCUGGCUCAACGGCAUGGCAGGCACUGGAAAAUCUACCAUUUCCCGCACAAUCGCACAAUCAUUUGCGAACAAGAAUAUACUAGGUGCUAGCUUUUUCUUCAAAAGAGGCGGAGGAGAUCGCAGCGGAACAAAUUUUCUCAUUACGACAAUCGCCGCCCAGCUAGUCCGUCGAAUUCCUUCCAUUGCUUCACGAAUCCGCGAGGUUCUUGAUUUCGAACCGCAAAUUCACGAAAAACCUCUGGGUGAUCAGUUCCAAAAGCUGAUUUUAGAUCCACUGAAAAACACUCCGGGAUGUUGGUCGUCGAGUUUGCUCAUUGUGGUCGACGCUCUCGACGAAUGCGGCAAUGAAGAGAAUAUGAGGACACUAAUCGGCAUUUUCUCAAAGGCUCAACAGAGGAAUAAUCCACGGCUAAAAGUUUUUCUCACAAGCAGACCUGAAUUGCCCAUUCGGCUCGGUUUUGAGGAGAUUAGUGGGAAAUACGACCAUCUGCUCCUCGCGACAGUGCCAAAAGCUACUAUUGAGCAUGAUAUAGCGCUUUUCAUGAAACACCAACUCAAUGCGAUUAAAAUGGACUACAACAAGUCUGUCUCGAUACAUCGCAAAAUAUCUACCGGCUGGCCUGGCGAUGAUGUUGUGCAACAACUUAUCGACUCAGCCGUCCCGUUAUUUAUUGUUGCCGCAACAAUAUGCCGCUUCUUGAAAGAUAGAAGGUUGGGAGGCCCUCAGCAUCAAUUAAGCAAGAUUCUCGAGUAUCAAAAAAUGCACAUAUCCGGUCUUGAUAUGACAUACCUUCCAAUCCUGGACAACCUUAUUGCCGACCUUCCUCUAUCUGCCAGGAAAGAAGUGUUGACUAGAUUCCAGUAUUUAAUUGGUUCAAUAAUCACACUUGCUCAGCCUUUGUCUAUACGGAGCCUCGCCGAUCUCCUGGCCAUGUCUACGGACGCUAUCGAAGAUCAACUUGACCUUUUACAUUCAGUACUUGGUGUUCCUACUGACCUAGAUACCCCUGUGAGACUAUUGCAUCUUUCUUUCCGAGAUUUCCUGGUUGACUCUGAAAAGAAGCUUAAUCUCAGCAAAUAUCCUUUCUGGGUAGAUGAAUCCGAGGCUCACUCAAAGCUAUUCUCUCAAUGCAUCAAGUUAUUAUCUACAGAUAGCGUCCUCAAAGAAGACAUUUGCUUUCUUAGAAGCCCAGGUACACUAAGAUCUGAUAUAAAACAAAAUGCUAUUGAUGAGCAUCUACCUGGCGCAGUCCAAUAUGCUUGCAUAUACUGGGUCCAUCACUUGAGUUUGAGCAGCCUCUGGAUUUGUGAUAAUGACCAAACACACAAAUUUUUGGCAAGAUACUUACUCAAUUGGCUUGAAGCACUUAGCAUAAUAGGCCGGAUUACAGAGAGCGUUCACAUGAUGGAUGACUUGCUCUACAAACUCGAGGCAAAAAACGCACAAGACAUUGGGAACCUUUUACGAGACGCAAAGCGAUUCAUUCAGGCGAAUAUUGCGACGUUCAAUAAAGCGCCGCUCCAAAUAUACUCAUCGGCGUUAAUUUUUGCUCCGGAAAAAAGCGUUGUAAGAUGCAUGUUCAAGUCAAGCAUCCCAACAUGGCUGCAUACCCUACCAGCAAUGCAAUCCCACUGGGAUCCUUGCCUAGCCACAUUCGAAGACCGGAGUAUGACGAACGCCAAUCUCUUGGCAAUUCCCGUCGAAAGUAGAUUUCUUUCUCAAUCCUGGCAACUCAAAAUGUGGGAUGCAAGAACAGCAUCCUGCGUCGCAACAUACGAAAAUUAUUUGCCUACCACUGCUUGGGUGUCACCUGAUGGUACAGAAAUACUCUACAUUUCUGGAUGCAAACAACUCCGAAUUAUGGAUGCCUCAACGAGAAGUUGUGUUGCAGAAUAUAGUGGCCAUGCUGGCAAGAUUAAACGGGCCAUUUUCUCAACAGAUGGGCAACAAUUUGCAUCAGUUUCAGAAGAUGGGACAUUAAUGAUAUGGGACAGAGCAUCUCACAAGCCCGUCGCGAUUCACGACUUUAAUAUAGAUAACCGUGAUAGGAUGGUAGGAUUUUCUCCAGAUGGAUUAACGUUUCUAGUGAUUUCGAAUGAAAGAACUAUUCGACUACUUAGUUCGAGAGUGACUGGCCAGAUGCUGACAAUCAACUAUGCCGACAAAUACGUGGAGACAGCUUCCUUUUCUCCGAACAGCCAAACAUUAGUAUCUAUUUAUUCAGGAGGUACAAUUAGAUUUCUGGACAGGCUUUCAGGUGAUUCUCUGGUAGCUAAAGGGGCCGGGAAUACUGUUCGCGGAGGUUUGCUCUUCUUUUCUGACGGACUCCGAGUCAUUACUGCCAUGGAAGCAAGUGUCGAGAAUGGUCAUGGGAUUGGCAUCUGGAAUACUUUAAGAGCCACUUGCGACUCUCUCUUAGAAGGUCAUCGCGCUACCAUAUCAGAGAUUAUCUUAUCAAAGGAUGAGAAUAGGAUUGCCUCAGCUUCAUACGAUAAAAGCAUAAGAGUAUGGGACACGCAUACGAUGACUUGCAUCAGAAUAUAUGAUGGCCACGACGAGGGUAUUGCCAGCCUCACUUACUCAGCUGAUGAGAUGCUGCUUAUAUCGGCAGACACGAAUGGAAUCUUCAAAGUCUGGGAUGCUAACAUGGCAAUACAAUCAGCGGAGGUUGAAAGCCAUGAGAGUGCUGAGAUCGAAAGCCAUAAGAGCGCAGUCCUCGAAGUUAUUUUUUCCCCAGACAAGAAGAAGAUUAUCACCACUUCUGGAGACCGCACGGUGCGACUAUGGGAUUCAACUACAGGUAAAUGUCUGUCGAUGGGCACAGACCACCGAAUUUUUGCUUGGAUUCCCUUGAUGGUUCCUCAAGAUAUUCCUACGGCUCCUUUCGAUCAUAUCAUGAGUUCUCGUGGACUCUUUGGCUUUCCAAGGUCGAUCGAAUUUUCGGCAGACAGCUCGACAAUUUUAUCCUCAACUGAUGGUUGGGAAGCUGUCAGCAUUAAACUUUGGAACGCAGCAAACGGCGACUGCCAGUUGUUGUCCGACGAAUUCACGGACUCUAUUCUAUCAAUUGCAUUUUCACCUGACGGUAAAACCGUAACAUCAACGUCCAGGGAUGGUAUCAUGAGGUACUGGGACACGACGACGCAGAAACCUCUUGGUUCAUUCGGAGGAGGAACCUACAGUAUAUCUUCAUCAAUCUACACAGCAGAUGGUACCCAGCUCGUUCUCGCCUGCGACGAUGGAAUGGUCCGUUUGUUCCAUCCUUCAACUAGAAAUUGCAAGGAAAUGAACGAGGCCCAUGAUAGUCCCGUGAUGAUUGUUACAAUGUCGGUAAGCGGAUCCAAGCUUGCUUCUAACGCAAAGUCAAAAGUCAAAAUUUGGGAUGCAGACACCGGAACAUGCAUCGCCAAUUAUACUUCAACAUCAGAUACUACAAGCAACAUAAGCAAACUGCUUUUCUCUCCUGAUGAACAAUACCUUGUCGUUCUGUACGAAGCUGGGGAAAUCAAGAUUGAGAUUCUGAGUGUCGCAACAGGACACUGCCUUGAUAAGCUCGUUGGGAUUUGUGGGCUUGCCAACCACAUGGCAUUCGAUUCAUCUGCCGGUUCCAGCCUACGAGUAAUCACCAAUGUGGGCACCCUUGAAUUUGACCCGCCUAGCUCAGCUACUUGUGUUCAUGCAAGGUCAUCCUUCAGCAGCCAAAGGGCGGUAAAUACGAUUGGACUUGGUCUUAGCAAAGACGGGGAAUGGAUUACGUGGGACUCGCGCAAUAUGCUCUGGCUGCCACCCGCAUUCAGAAUCUCAGCAUCAGAUAUCGAUGUCGCGGGGUCUCUACUCGCUCUUGGAUCUCGACUGGGACGGCUGCUCCUGAUAGGGGUCGACCCGUCCAAAAUGCCGGUUAACGUUCUGGACGCCUCACCGCGGCCCUUGGCCUAG